GACUGAAGACAAAAAACUUCACUUCUUUUAUCAGUUUUUUUUUUUUUAUCAAUAUGACCUUAUUGGCAUUGAUUGACAUAUCUUUUCUCAUUUGAUAUGGAUAUAAUUUUUGUCUUCCAAACAUACAACUGAGCAGACUUUGCUGAAAAGUGUUUUUUUUCUAUUUAGAGGAACAAGUGUGCAGGUUAUUGUCACAAUGGCACUAGACACUGAGUUUGGUGUGAAGGGCAGCAGCAUCAUCAGGGAAUGGAGCGGACAGGUACAGCCUGCUCUGGUUGCCUCCUUUGUUUUUCUCUUCUGCCUUGAAGCCUGUCUGUGGGUCAGGAACCUUAGGCUCAAGAGAAGACUGCCGGGACCCUUCGCCUGGCCUGUGGUGGGCAACGCCAUGCAGCUGGGCCAAAUGCCUCACAUCACCUUCGCCAAGCUUGCCAAAAAAUACGGCAAUGUGUACCAGAUACGGCUUGGCUGCAGCGAUAUCGUGGUUCUGAAUGGAGACAGGACGAUACGUGAGGCUCUCAUGCGGCACAGCACAGAGUUUGCAGGCAGACCAAACUUUGUCUCUUUCCAGAUGAUCUCUGGAGGCAGGAGUUUGACAUUUACUAAUUACAGCAAACAGUGGAAAGUGCACAGGAAAAUAGCGCAGUCCAGCCUCCGAGCCUUUUCCUCUGCAAACAGUCAGACCAAAAAAGCCUUUGAGCAGCAUAUUACAGCUGAGGCCAUGGAGCUGGUGCAGGUAUUUUUGCGCCACAGCACUGAUGGACGGUAUUUUUACCCUGCUCAUGAAUUCACAGUAGCUGCUGCUAAUAUCAUGUGCGCUCUCUGCUUUGGGAGGCGCUACGGACAUGAAGACCUGGAGUUCAGGACCAUGUUGAAAAAGUUGGACAAGUUUGGGGAGACUGUAGGGGCAGGUAGCUUGGUAGAUGUCAUGCCCUGGCUUCAGUCCUUCCCUAACCCUGUUCGCAGCGUCUAUGAAAACUUCAAAAGUCUCAACGAGGAGUUUUUCGCUUAUGUGAAAGACAAAGUGGUGCAGCACAGGGAGUCUUUUGACCCCGACGUGACCCGGGACAUGAGUGACGCCAUCAUCAAUGUGAUCGAGCAUGGGCAGGACAGUGGACUGACCAAGGAGUUUGUUGAAGCGACAGUCACAGAUCUAAUCGGUGCCGGUCAAGACACAAUUUCGACCACCAUGCAGUGGAUCCUCCUGCUCCUGGUCAAAUACCCAGACAUACAAGCCAAACUGCAGGAGCUCAUAGACAAAGUGGUAGGCCAAGACAGACUGCCGUCAAUCGAGGACAGGAGCAGCCUGGCGUACCUGGACGCCUUCAUCUACGAAACUAUGCGCUUCACCAGCUUUGUUCCUGUCACCAUCCCGCACUCCACAACCUCAGACGUCACAAUCGAGGGUCUCCACAUCCCCAAAGACACAGUGGUCUUCAUCAACCAGUGGUCCGUCAACCACGACCCUCUCAAGUGGAAAGACCCUCACAUUUUUGACCCCACACGCUUCCUUGAUGAGAACGGUUCCCUUGAUAAGGACAUAACCAACGGUGUGAUGAUCUUUUCAACAGGUAAAAGACGCUGCAUCGGCGACCAGAUUGCCAAGGUGGAGGUGUUUUUAUUCACAGCCAUCUUGCUGCACCAGUGCAGCUUUGAGAGCGACCCCUCUGAGCCCCUCACUCUUGACUGCUCCUACGGGCUCACGCUGAAGCCGCUCCGAUUCUGUGUGAACGCCAAGCUCAGGGGGAAGCUGCUCGGCUUAGUUUCCCCUGCAUGAACAGCACGUCCUAAUACUGUGACUCAAGGCCAGCAAACACUUUUUUCCACCAAUGACAUUUAACAGUGAGUAUCAACAUGCCUGCACUAAAUCCUACUGUUGUAUAAUUUUCAUAUUUAAUGAUGAUAUUUAAUCUUUACACAAUUUGUAUUUGAAUUAUUGUUGGCUGUUUUCAAAGAUGUAUUGUUAGCGAGAAUUUAAGAUUGUUGGAAUAAGUGCAAAGGUAUUUCAAGUUCUGCUUCACAAAAUACUCUAUACUUGACCAGAUUUUGUACAUAGUUCUGAGUUGUGUGCUUGUUUUACAUCCACUAAUGCGCAUGUACAUGUAUGGUGUGUGUGCAGGAAAUAGCUCCAUCCCUUAAAUGUCAAUUUAAACUAAUAUAACUGUAUAUGAAAUGCUUGUGAAUGUUAUGAAGUUACUUAAUGACUUUGUUGUUCUCAUUUGUAAUGUGUAAGAAUAUAUUUAACCUUUGCCACGUUAAGCAGUUACAAGAUAUUUUUUUAUAAGUUCAUAUUUCAGGUAUGACAAUAAAUGUAUGAAGUUUAAUGUAUUUCACUAUCUACUGUACUCAAAGCAUACGAACACACUAAACAAAGAAUACUGAUCAAAGUGAAGGAAAAAAGCUGACAUGUUUUCAAAAGGAGGAAGUCUUUCAUCAAGGGACGUCCAUCACAGAGACAUUGCCAUGAACCAUGAAGGCUUCACAAACUUUAUGCAUCAAGGUCUCAGUUUUACUGUACAAACACUGCAGCUAUCCCGUGCCAAACACACAAGUCUCACUAGUAGAAUUUUUUUUUAAAAAAGACAUGUGCAGCAAAUUUCUUUCACUCAUGAGGCAUUCUCAAAAACAAGUUUGUUUACAAAGUCACUUUUUCAAAGCUACAUGGAUGUCACUGCACUCUCUUUAAACCUCUGCAUUCAGGAGUCAAUGUUACAAAUGCCCAAGGGAUGUGUUUCUCUGCCUCGAAUGUUUAAACAUUCCUCAUGGAGGAUAUUUUGUUAUCGAAGUGUUGGCUUUAUAUGAUCGAACAAUAAGCUAUAUCUGAAAUAAAUAAAGUGAAUUGUCAAUGGCCAA